AUGGCGCCCAACAAGAAGGGAAAGAAGAUAGCAAAGAAGGGCAAGUCAACCACCAGACAUCGCCCAGUCCCGGCUGUGGAGGGGGCAUACGGUAAUGUGCUGAAUGAUGGACGCUUCGAAUGCCGUCUAAGUGUGCGACGACGGCCCUGUGGUGCUCGUAUGGCGAACGAGAGUCACAAUAUCCGAUCUCAUAUUUCGAAGAAGCAUCGGGUCGAUUCUGCUUACAAGAAGAACCAGAGAACCGGAAACUGGCCCUGCACAUGGGCUGAUUGCAUGGAAAAUGGUAGCACCUAUUCCAAUUUCCAUUCCCUAGUUGGGCACGCUCGAUCUUUCCAUGGAAUGAAAGGCUCGUCGAAGGCGUUGAAGAAAAAAUCGGGUAAUCUUCUACAGAAGAUACGUAUGGAGUAUCAGAAGAAGAAGAGAGAAGAGCAACGACAGAUGGAAGAUGACGAAGACGACGGAGAGGAUGAACCUCUCUUUAUCGAUGCACCCGACUAUUCCGAUGGUAACCACGGCGACAAGAAUCAAGAAGAUCGUGAUCCUCCUGGAACUGGGGGCAGUCAACCCAUUCCUGUCGCGUAA